AUGUCGUGCAGUAGCGAUGAACAAUCUGAUAAGGAAUGUCCGCUAUGUAUGGAGGUGCUGGAGUUUGAUGAUUUGGAUUUUUAUCCAUGUAAAUGUGAAUAUCAAAUUUGUCGUUUCUGUUGGCAUCGUAUUAGGACGGACGAAAAUGGCCUUUGCCCUGCUUGCAGGCAGCCAUAUCCAGAGGAUCCUGUUAACUUCAAGCCAUUGUCAACUGCUGAUUUGAAGAAGAUUCGCAGUGAAAAGAAACUGAAGGCGCAGGCAGAACGACAACGUGUUUCGGAAAGCCGAAAACACCUUUCAAAUUUUCGGGUUUUGCAAAAGAAUUUGGUUUAUGUCGUUGGGUUAUCACCAAGGGUCGCGGAUUCGGAUGCUCUCAAAAAGCCCGAGUAUUUUGGUCGUUUUGGCAAGAUUUUAAAGGUUGUUGUUGGAACUACUACGACUGUUCCACCAAAUAUGAAUCCAAGUCACACGGCCUAUGUAACUUAUUCAAAAGUAGAAGAGGCUUUAAAGGCAAUACAGAGUGUCAACAAUGCGGCUUUGGAUGGACGACUUGUACGAGCAUCCCUGGGUACAACUAAAUAUUGUUCUUCCUUUUUGCGAAGUCAAUCUUGUUAUAAGCAAGAAUGCAUGUAUUUACAUGAUAUUGCCGACAGCGACAUCAGUUUCACCAAGGAAGAUAUGCAUCAAGGGAAACACGCGGAGUAUGAACGUCGUUUGAUGGAUCAAGUGCUGCGAACUUAUCAGACACCCGUGGCUACAGUUACACCGACUGUUCGCUUGAUAAAUAAUAUCGGAACAAUAUCUUCAACAAGCGGUGAUACAAUAACGCAAUCUCAUUUGAAAAAAGAAAGCGGCUCAGACAAAGAAUCGGAUGGAUCAAAAUCAAACGAAGAGUUUGCAGAAAAUCGUGACACUGAAGAAACCAAUGGCUCACACGACGACAAUACUGAAAUGGAAACUGGCAAUGAGUUGAGGAUAAAAGAAGACAAUGCACUAACAAGGCUGCAAAACGAGGAUGAAGCGGCACAGUCACACGUCGAACAAAUGGACCCAAGAUCUCCGAUCGAGACAAAAACAAAGUCGGACGGUGAUUUGCUUCAACUUCAACCAACUUCAAGGCUACAUUCUUGGACUAAAGAAGCCAAUAAUGUCGGAAGCUCUGCAAUUUCUUGGCAAUCUUUACUUUGUCUUGAUCACUCGGAUACUCCACUUUCUUCGCUCCAAGAUUCAGUUAUUAACCAGCCUCUAUUUCCGAUCCCAUCAAAGGCGCCAACAUUACCACCGCCCGGGAUUGAUGUUGUGCCCCAUCAUGUAUCAAGUGUUUCUAAACCAACUUCUCCUCCACCUGGACUCGGAGGGUUUUCUGAUGACGAUCUUGGUUUUGACCCCUUCAGUGAGAGCGCAAAGGGAUUGGCAGAUCUUUUGGAAGAAGAAAAAAGGAAUCAGUCACAGGCUGUGAAUACCAAUUAUUAUCAACCUGCCUACACAAAUGGAUUUGGGAAUUAUCCACAAUCUUCAACAGCACAAGCUAUCCAGAGUCUCUAUCAAGAAAAUAUCGCAAGGCAAAACUUAUUCUCAUCACUACAGUACCAACGAGAAAGGCAAGAAUUGGAGCAGGCACAACGAGAUCAAUGGUUGCGCUCUAUGCAAAAUUAUCCUCAGUCACAGCCCCAGCCUCAACCUCAGCCUCAGCCUCAGCCUCAACAGAGAAGCGAUUUCUUCAUUUCUCGUUUCGGUGGUGGGACGAACCCAUUCAACAGCAAUCCUAAGCCGGUUGCUCAGCCACAAAUGAACGCAUUUGAUAUCUUCUCUAAUAGAAUGGAGCCGGCAGCUUCUGGAGUGGCUCCGCCGCCUGGUUUGGCCCCUUCUCGGCAAAAUUCCUAUCCUUCGCAAUCCCAUCAACCAUUUCAGCAAUAUAAUGGUGGACUCUUGGCGACAAACCCUUCAAAAGGGCCAUUGUUGAAUGAGUGGCAAGAAGGCUUGAAAGCGUUGCUCCCAAAUGUGAAUAUUAGGUUUGCCGCAGACACCGACCAGAAUCGAUGGCCACAUCCUGCAAAUCAGCCACUGAUGUCGCUAGCCAACCAUGCUUCAACAAUGCCAGCUCCAAUGAUUGGAAAUGAUCAGCGUCGUGUCCAUGCUCAGCACAUUCCACCACCUCCCGGCUUCGGAAACCGAUCUGGAGAACGA